AUGAGCGACAAAGGAAUUCUCAGAAAGUACAAAAUUGUUUUCUUGGGAGAUCAGAGUGUCGGAAAGACUUCUUUGAUAACCCGUUUUAUGUAUGACACCUUCGAUGACCAGUACGCCGCCACUAUCGGAAUCGAUUUUCUAUCUAAAACCAUGUACUUGGAAGAUAACAAAACGGUGAGGUUACAAUUAUGGGAUACCGCAGGCCAGGAGCGUUUCCGUUCGUUGAUCCCUUCUUACAUUCGAGACUCACAUGUUGCUGUCGUGUGUUACGAUAUAACCAACAAAAAGUCGUUCGAGAGCUUAGAGAAAUGGGUAAAUGAUGUUCGCAUGGAGCGUGGUGACGAUGUGAUCGUGGUUAUUGUGGGAAAUAAGUCGGAUCUUAGUGGUAAGAGACAAGUUAGUGUGGAAGAAGCGGAGACUUUCUGUAAGCUGGUGGGCGGCAAGUUUUUAAUUGAAACUUCGACCAGAGCUAAUCACAACGUCAAACUCUUGUUCAAGCGUAUCGCCUCAUGCUUGCCUGAGUUUAGUGAGACCUCUGCAGACACUGAUCAGCGGCCAGAGACCGUUGAUGUGAGCAUUGAGAGUGCACCACAGGGUAACUCCAGUUGUUGCUGA